AUGGAAGUCCAUAGAGAUUUCGUCCAAGGCUUGCCUUAUGUUGUGUGUGUGAUCGACGCCGCCACUCGAUUAGGUUGCCUUUCAGUCUUCGUCGCCGCCAUGGAAGACCUCAUCCGCCGCCAGGAACGUAACAACCACUCGGGAACCACCAUCCGAGUCCAGCUCUUCUAUAGCCGGCCGAUAGCGCCGCUGCUGCCACUGCCUUGUGUCGUUGCUGCUCCGUUGCCAUCAAGCGGUGAACCGUCGUAUCCUCGUUCUUCUUCUUCUGCUGCUGAUGUAGUCGAUGUUCCGGCGAUGGAUUUCCACCACUGCUAA